AUGUACGACAAGGAAUACGCGUUUUGCCGACCGUCAAUCAUAGCCGAUUGCCCCGUUGGAUAUCUCUGCGAUCAAUCAUUUGUGCUCGGCAGAUCAAUUUGUUGCCACGAUAAACGCCUGAAGCCUCAGCCGAAUCGCCCUCCAGUAGUUCAGGCAAGUUCGAUACGUUCGCCUUUCACCUGGAAUAAAAUAACACCAACGGCGCCGCCGAAGUGGAAUGUACGCACCACUGUUAAGAAAGCACCAUGGUACAUCAAAAACGGAAGUACCUGGCCAAGUGGUGGUUACAGUCGGGUAACACCAGAAGUCAAAGCUCUUACAACAGAAGACUCUACAGUGGCCAGCACUGUCCCAUCAACAACCAUAACCAGUGAGCAGUGGGUGGAUGGUCAAUCAGAAGCCGUUGGCGCAAUCACACUCAUCAACGACAACGGAUUUCACGUGCUUGUCGACACUGGUGCAUCCAGCGAUGCGGAAGGACUUCUUCAUAGUUUGUCAAAGGAAGGGGUGACUGCCGACCAAAUCAACACCGUUGUGAUCACACAUGGUCAUCCUGGACAUAUGGGUAACAUGAAUUUCUUUGGACAAAAACCAAUAAUCUUCAACUCAAUGGAAUACAUUGGACGACACGUUACCCCAACGGCACUGACAGAGAGAGACAUUCUCGACCAAGAAAAUAUUUGGGACUCAGCAAUCAAACGUCAAAACGCGAAUCUUAUAAUUUGCAUGGCCGACUGGAUCAUUCCUGGACAUGGACAACCGUUCCGAGUUUUGCCAGGCUACAGGUGCAUAUGA